GGCGUGUUUCAGGUCGUUUGAACUUCCCUCACAUUCUCCCCAACGCAUUUCCACGAAGGGAGCUGGCGGCGGAGCGCUCGGCAGCCAUCUUUGGACCUGGGAGUGGGAUUCGACUGUUCUGGCACCCCAGUCACUUCAAGGCUCUGAACACAUGAGACCACUGUCCUGCAGAUGAGCUAUCAGUGGGGGCAUCCCAGUCGCUGUCGCAGACUCCCAUAGUUGCUGCCGGCAGCGGCAUUUGCCCCCCUCACCAAACUCCCCAUUAUGCCCAACAGCAGUCGGGCGGGGAGCCUGAAGGACCCCGAAAUUGCUGAGCUCUUUUACAAGGAGGAUCCAGAAAAGCUUUACACAGAUCUGCGUGAGAUCGGACAUGGCAGCUUUGGUGCUGUAUAUUUUGCACGGGAUGUGCGGACAAAUGAGGUGGUGGCCAUUAAGAAGAUGUCUUAUAGUGGAAAGCAAUCCAGUGAGAAAUGGCAAGACAUAAUCAAAGAAGUGAAAUUUCUGCAGAGAAUACAGCAUCCAAACAGCAUAGAGUACAAAGGAUGUUACCUGCGAGAGCACACUGCCUGGCUGGUAAUGGAGUAUUGCCUGGGCUCUGCCUCAGAUUUGUUAGAGGUUCACAAGAAACCUCUACAAGAAAUUGAGAUAGCUGCAAUUACCCAUGGUGCUCUUCAGGGGUUGGCUUAUCUUCACUCCCACAACAUGAUUCACCGAGACAUAAAGGCAGGAAACGUCUUGCUGACAGAGCCAGGGCAGGUAAAACUAGCAGAUUUUGGAUCUGCCUCUAUUGCCUGCCCUGCCAACUCUUUUGUUGGGACCCCUUAUUGGAUGGCCCCAGAAGUAAUUUUAGCUAUGGAUGAGGGUCAGUAUGAUGGAAAGGUGGACAUUUGGUCUUUAGGAAUAACAUGCAUUGAAUUAGCUGAGAGGAAGCCUCCAUUAUUCAACAUGAAUGCAAUGAGUGCCUUAUACCACAUAGCACAGAAUGAGAGCCCCACGCUACAGUCCAACAAAUGGACAGACUAUUUUCGAAACUUUGUAGAUUCUUGCCUUCAGAAACCUCCCCAGGAUAGGCCCAACUCUGAGGAGUUAUUAAAGCAUGCAUUUGUACAGCGCGUGCGACCAGAAUCAGUUCUAAUAGACCUGAUAAACCGUACUAAGGAUGCAGUGCGGGAGCUAGACAAUCUACAGUAUCGUAAAAUGAAGAAGAUCUUGUUUCAGGAAGCCCACAAUGGCCCUUCAACUGAGGCACAAGAUGAAGACGAGGAUCCAGAAAACAAUGUGGGUAGGACAGGUACAGUGAACAGCGUAGGGAGCAACCAGUCCAUUCCCAGCAUGUCAAUCAGUGCCAGCUCCCAGAGCAGCUCUGUCAACAGUUUGACAGAUGCUGGUGAUGAUAAGAGUGAGGCGGACAUGGAGGGUGACCACACAGUCAUGUCCAACACCUCUGUCAUACACCUCAAACCAGAGGAACAGACAUAUAAUCCAGAGUCAGAACCUCACACCAGGCCAACUGAUCCACAGUCACCGCCUGCACAAACGCCACGGCCAAGACGAGACCGCAAAGACUUUGCCACUAUACGCACAGCUUCAGUGCUGACUCGCCAAAUUAAGGAGCAUGAGCAGGAUUCUGAGUUACGGGAGCAGAUAUUGGGCUACAAGCGCAUGAGGCGGCAGCACCAGAAGCAGCUAAUGGCUCUGGAGAACAAGCUAAAGGCUGAGAUGGACGAACACAGACUACGCCUGGACAAGGAGCUGGAAAACCAGAGGAAUAGCUUUGCCCAGGAGAUGGAGAAACUGAUCAAGAAACACCAGGCAUCCAUGGAAAAAGAUGCAAAAACAUUUAGCAAUGAUGAAAAGAAGUUUCAACAACACAUUCAGAGUCAGCAGAAAAAGGAGCUCAACAGCUUCCAAGAAUCCCAAAAAAGGGAGUAUAAACUUCGCAAAGAACAGCUGAAAGAGGAACUGAAUGACAACCAAUCAACACCCAAGAAAGAAAAGCAGGAGUGGUUGUCCAAGCAGAAGGAAAACUUCCAACACUACCAGGCAGAGGAGGAGGCUAAUUUACAGCGCAGACAGAGACAAUAUCUGGAGCUGGAGUGCCGCAGGUUUAAACGGAGAAUCUUGAUUGCUCGCCACAAUAUUGAACAGGACCUAGUGCGAGAGGAGUUAAACAAGCGUCAGACCCAAAAGGACUUGGAACACGCCAUGCUUCUCCGACAUCAUGAGUCAAUGCAAGAGUUGGAGAUCCGCCAUCUCAAUACCAUCCAGAAGACGAGGAACGAGCUGAUUCGCCUGCAACACCAGACAGAGCUCACCAAUCAGCAGGAGUACAACAAGAGGAGGGAGAGGGAACUUCGACGCAAGCACGUUAUGGAGGUUCGCCAGCAGCCCAAGAGCCUCAAGUCCAAAGAGUUACAGAUCAAGAAGCAGUUCCAGGACACAUGUAAGAUUCAGACUAGACAGUACAAAGCACUGAGGAACCAUCUGUUGGAGACCACACCAAAGUCUGAGCAUAAGGCAGUCCUUAAACGGCUGAAGCAGGAGCAGCAUCGCAAACUUGCCAUCUUAGCCGAGCAGUACGACCACUCCAUCAAUGAGAUGCUUUCAACACAAGCUCUUCGUCUGGAUGAGACUCAGGAGACACAGUGUCAAGCACUACGAAUGCAGCUACAACAGGAACUGGAGCUUCUCAACGCCUACCAAAGCAAGAUCAAGAUGCAGACAGAUGUUCAACACAACCGUGAGAAGAAAGAACUGGAGCAGAGCGUGUCAUUUCGCAGAGCCCUUCUGGAACAGAAGAUUGAGGAGGAGAUGAUGUCCUUGCAGAAUGAACGUUCUGAAAGAAUUCGAAGCCUGCUGGAACGUCAAGCCCGAGAAGUUGAGGCUUUCGAUUCAGAGAGUUUGCGUCUGGGCUUCAGCAACAUGGUGCUAGCAAACAUCUCCCCAGAGGGCCUCAGCAAUAGCUUUCCUGGUGCUCCAGGAAAUUGGAGUCACCAUCAACAGCACUAUCCACCUGGGAGCUCCACACAAGGUUCACACUGGAGCAGUGGCAGCUCAGGUGCAGGGUCAGGCCACCAAGGCAGCGUUCACCAGUAUCACUCCAGUCUGGGAGGGAUGCCUAUGCAUCAGGGCUGGACCCAGGGCAUGCAAGGAGGUGGAGGUCCCCAGUCUUGGAGCCACUCAUCAGCUGCAUCUCUGGUCUCUCGCAGUAGUGGAGGUGUACAGAACAGCCCCCAAGCAAUGGGGAGGACAUCCUCAGGAGGGCGCAAUGAGCAGGUCAUGAGCAGGAGUUCCAGCGUCACCUCUCAAAUAUCUAAUGGGUCACACCUCUCCUACACAUAGAUCUUCUCCCAGCCAUGGAGUCCAAGUUUAGACAUGGACGUGUAAUCCAGCAGUCCUGAACUCUGUUACUCCGUCUCUGCAACACUUCCCCUCACUUUGUCUUGUGUACAGCUGUGGAUGUGUGAUGAAAUAAAUAUUGCUCAGGUCAAAAGGGCUGGAAGAAGAGGAGCCCGUCCUCACAGCAGUUUUGGACACACUUAAAGAGAUCCUUAGUUACAUAAGCAAUGUCAGCGUCAGUACAUUAUACUCCAAUUGUUUUAAUUUACAGCUCUCUCCUAUGGAAUGUUUAGGAUAUAUCUUGUUCUGUAUGCAGCCAUUGCUCUCAUUUUGCACAUAAAAACACAGUCUAAAGAGCUUUGACAUGUGCAAACUAUGUCCAUGAGAUGGUGGUUUCAAACAAUCACAUGUAAACUUUGUUUCAUUUUCUCCCUUUUUUCACUACGCAACACUGACCGAUUGGGAUGGUGGUCAUUAACGCAGCAGACCCAAGUAAGAUUUCUUUUGUUUUGCUGUUGUGAUACCAGCCUGCUGUAAUGGUCAUUGUGAGAAAUUCAAUGCCUCCUUUUUUUAUUUAAGAAGCUUUUAUUGCCAAAUUAAACUUGUCUUAAUUUUUUCAGUCAAAGAUUACAACACUACUAGAGUGCCUUCUAUCUAUCCUUUAUCGUAGAAAUCAGCCUCAAAUGUAUAUAGUUCAGAUAGUUUUAUGUCAUCAGAGCCGGUUCAUCGUCAUUGUUGAGUUCAGUGUGUUUUAAUGCCCGUUUUUAGUUGGAGUUCCAAAAGUUUUUCUUACAUUAUAUUUACUUGUAUGCUGUAAAGUUGAGGUGAGAAAAAGUUAACUAUUUGUGCAUAUCAGUAAUUAUAAUAUAAGAAACUGGUACUUUUACAGAGAAUGUCCUUGUAUACAUUCACAGGAGAGGUAGAAAAUCUCAUUUGCCUUCAAAAAGUAUCAUAGUAUUGAUCUAUUAAUUUUUAUCAGUGCCUUUAUAAAACUACUGCCUUUUUGAAAGCACUUUAUGCAGAUAGAUGUGUGUAAAAUGAAGCACCUAGUGGGGGAGUGUUUGUUGGUACUUCUGUUAAAGUGUCAAGCUAACCUGUGCUUUUUUUUUUUCUUUUUUUUUUUUUCUCCUUGUAAGAGCAAUUUCCCAAGUACGAACAGGGCCUAGGUAACAAACAUUGAGCGUGUGUGUUUGUGUGUGUGUGUGAAUGAAUUGUUCUCUUCUCUGCCUUUGUUGGUUUUCCUUUUUUUCCUUUGUGUCAAUGCACAAUUUUAAGGGACUAUAAAUUGAGAUUUUGUUGCAGACAUUUCAGGCGUGUUUUGGCUACAAUUUCUAUAAAUCAAACCGAGUUGAGUGUUCAUUAUGAGCAAGUAGGACGCUUGUGUGAUUGUUUUGACCAUGACAGCAGGCUUGGCAAUACUAAGAGAACUCACACUUAACAUUAUUGGGGCCAAGUUAGGUAACACAAACAAAUCUAAAAAGGUGCCAAGUUAUGAACGGUAACCGAAUCAAGCAGAUUCUAGCAUGAUGAUUUAUGCCGCAUACAUGUAAAUGUCAUUUGAGUCAACUCUCACUGUAAACAUGGCCAAACCCAAAAUAAACGUGUCAAAAAGCA